ACCUCACUCGUUUGCUUCUUCCAUUCCCAUUCCAAUGGCAGCGAACGAAUCAGAAGAAUCACCGAAAAGGGUUCAAUACCCACUAGACGCAUCCUCAUACAAGAUCCUCAACGAGAUCGGAGAAGGCACGAGCGCCCUAGUGUACAAAGCAAUGUGCAUUCCCAUGAACUCCACCCUCGUAGCCAUCAAAUCCAUAGACCUCGACCGUUCUCGCCCCGACUUGGACGACGUUCGCCGCGAAGCCAAAACCCUUUCCCUCCUUUCCCACCCAAACAUCCUCAAAGCCCACUGUUCCUUCACCGUCCACCGCCGCCUCUGGGUAGUGAUGCCCUUCAUGGCCGCUGGUUCCUUACAAUCCAUCAUUUCUCAUUCCUUCCCUAAUGGUUUAACCGAACCAUGCAUCGCUCUCGUUCUCAAAGACACUCUCAACGCUCUCUCUUACCUCCAUGCCCAAGGCCAUCUCCAUAGAGACAUCAAAGCCGGUAACAUCCUCGUUGACUCCAAUGGUCAAGUCAAACUUGCUGACUUUGGUGUCUCUGCUUCCAUCUAUGACUCCUCCUCCUCUUCUUCUCUAAUGCUCACUGAUCUUGCUGGCACGCCUUAUUGGAUGGCUCCCGAGGUGAUUCACUCCCAUACGGGCUACAGUUUCAAGGCUGAUAUAUGGUCCUUUGGGAUCACUGCUUUGGAGCUUGCUCAUGGAAGACCUCCUCUCUCUCAUCUUCCACCUUCCAAGUCUAUGAUGCUUAAGAUCACUAAAAGGUUUCGUUUUUCUGAUUUUGAUAAGUACAGGAAGGGUAGUGGAAAGAAGUUCUCUAAGGCGUUUAAGGAUAUGGUUGCUUCUUGCCUCAAUCAAGACCCUUCUAAGAGACCCUCUGCUGAGAAGCUUCUCAAGCACCCCUUCUUCAAAAACUGCAAGGGACCGGAGUUUCUGGUCAAGAACGUGCUUCAAGGGUUGCCCAGUGUUGAAAAGAGGUAUAAGGAAAGCAAGGUUAAUGUUCGUGCUGAUGGUGAUGGUGAUGAUGACGACAAUGAUGAUGAUGAUAUGCAGCGAAACGUGGUGAAACAGAGAAGGAUCAGUGGGUGGAACUUCAAUGAGGAAGGGUUGGAACUUGACCCCGUGUUUCCAAACGACGAUGCGUCGGUGAAAGAGGUUCGGUUUGGAGGGGAAACGGUUAUCCAAGAAAUGGGGGGUUCAGAAGAGAAAGUGAAGAACAGGGAAGGGAUGUUGGGGACUCUGAAUGUGUUGAAAGGAAGCUUGGAACAAGAGCUGUGGCAAGUGAGGUUUCUGAUGAAUGCAAUAAGGGGAGAGGGAGAAGAGACUCAGACUGGGGAUCAUAGCGAGGAGCAAAUGGCGCAUGAGAUUCCAAUGCUUAGGGCUGAAUUGGAAAAUGAGAGGAAAAAAAACUUGCAGUUGGAGUUGCAGAUAGAGACCUACAAGCAUCACCUUUCUUCUUUUUCUAAUUCUUCUCAAUAAAUUAGGAUUACAUAUAUCUUAAUCUAAAUAAG